UACACUUUAUCAGUUUAUCCUCUUCUAGCGUCGAUAUUGCAGUGGUCAUGGCAGCCUCGCUGGGCUCAAGUCUCAACUUCAUCUCGUAUCCACCGUCAACAACUGCCCACCCGGUGACCUCCGCCGCUUCUAGAAGCUACAUUCCGGUGCGAUGUGGCGCCGGAUCACGGAGCAACCGAGGGCCGCUCUACAAAGGCCGAAUUCUGAGCACAGAGGCGAUCCAAGCCAUCCAAGCUCUGAAGCGGGCGCAGAGAACCAACCCCUCGGAAAUCGACUCUAGUAUUUCUUCUACAAUUUCCCGCCUCCUUAAGCCGGACCUACUGGCCGCCUACAAAGAGCUUCUCCGUCAAGAGCACUGCGAUUUGGCUCUCAGAGUCUUCUCCGCCCUUAGACUGGAAUACGACUCGCCGGACUUGAAUCUGUACGCCGACAUGGCUGCCACUUUGGCUAGGAACGGAUUCACAGAAGAAAUCGACCGUUUGAUUUGCGAUUUGGAAAGUGAAGGUGCGAUCCAGCUUGACGGUUCCAAUUCCAAGGGGCUGGUUAAGUUAGUGAAGGCGUUGAUUGCAGCUGGGAGGGCGGAAUCUACGGCCAGGGUUUACCGGCUGAUGAAGAGGAGCGGCGCUGAAGUUGAUGAUUAUCUGGCUAUCGUGUUGAGUAAGGGAUUGCGGCGGUUUGGGAUGAAGGAGGAAGCUGAUGAGGUUGAUAUGGAAUUACACAGGUUGUCUCGGGGCAUUCUGGACAAACAACAAGUUUAGACAUUACUGCAGUUUGCUUAUACCCAGGAAGAAAACCAGAAAUUAGUCUAAUUGUGUAAACGCUUUUAUAUAUAUCAAUUAAAGAAGAACCAAUUACUCUUGACUCUGAGAGUAUUUUUUUCUAAGUCUUACGUUGGUGCACAAUGUUCCAAUUAUUAUUCUAUAAGUGAAAGAUGCUUGGGUUACUCCAUACCCAGCAUUACUCCAUCUCUGGCAAUCUCUCACUCCACCUCACCAGGUAAGAUUGACUAUAAAGAAUCGGGAUGUGCUUUUGAAGGACUAAAACAAAAACUAGGCAUCAAGGAAUUCAAUUGUAGUUGUAUCUUUUUCAUUAUGUUUGGACUGUGUGCAGAGUUCAAUAAUAUUUUGGAUUGGAUGAAGCAGCAAAAUGUAAAAGAGCCAAUUACUAGACUUUGUUAUAGUACAAAGGUUGUCUGAUAGCAAAAUGUGCCGAACUUAAUGCAAUCUUCUUGACCAGGAACCUCAUAAGUCAUAAUCAAAUGAUAUUGAAAGGAAAUAAAUCAUCUUUGCGGUAGCAGGGCAGUCUGAGUUAUGCUCUUUGUGAACUUUGAAGUGCUAUAUCAUCAUGCUUGAACUAACUGCAAAUUAUGUGCACUUGACCACUACACCAUGUCAACCUUCAUUUUUUCUCCCUUCCAAAGUGUUUAAAUUUGUUUAUUAUCAACUUCUACGAAGUUCUGUUGUUUCAUUCCCAACUGCAGUUAUGAUUUUCUUUAUGAUGAAUUCUUUCCCCUUAGUAGUCAUCAAUCCCAAUUGCAAUAUCCAGAAUUAAUCAGGUUGACAUAGUUGGGCUUGACAUUGAAAUGUCAGUCAUGUUAAAUAGUUGGUUAUGGUCGUGUCUCUAAUGAAGGUACUUAUGACGCUCUUUGUUUUUUGAUUGGAUAAAGUAUUGUCUCAUGCAGUAGUGGAACUUAAGAAGUCUUCACUAUGCUUUUAAUUUGUUCUCUUUUUUCCUUCGUUGGCAUUAGCCAGGAAUGUUAUUUCAAUAUGAGGCAGAAUUUGAUGUUUUCCUUGAGUUUCUCAUGUGGUUCUUCACUUGUUCUCCAUCUGGGUUGAUAAGCCUACUUCUGGAAAUGGUUUAAUGAAUUUGCAUAGAGAUGAGUGAAAAAGGUAAGAACUUCACAGAGUUCUCUGCUUGACGCUGUUUAUGGUAAUACAAACUUAGUAUCUUUAAUUAUUUAUGUGAGAUACCUCUGGUAAUAUAUGUUUUAAUUGCAGUAAUUAAUAAGUCCUGUUAUACUGAUUCAGACACAGCAUAUAUGUUUCUGGUGACAAUUAUAUAUAAUUCAGGCAUUCUCUCCUCUAAAGACUAUUUUGACAUUCAGGAAAUGUCACUCUUGCUUCUUUCCCUGCUAAACUCAUCCUACACAAAGACUUUCUUGAUCCAUUCUCUCAAAGGAGAAAUCUUCAAAUUCUGCAGUUGAUGAGGCUGUAUGCCAUCUGUCUGGCAGUCCAAGAAUUCCAUUUGUAGCUAUGCUUUGUCAGUAUAGAUACACAACAUAUUUAUUUAUCAUGUCAGCUAUGCAUCUUUUUUUUUUUUUUUUUUUUGGUAAAUGUCCAUAUAGCAUUGCAUAGAAGAAUUUCAUUUAAAUUUUUUUAAAAAAAUCUAGGCCAUAAUAGGUUCCAAUGGUAAAUUACUUCUGGAGACUCGUUGAUAAAUGUGAAACUGAAUGGGAAGGAAAAUUAAAUAGAAGAUUUUGAUAAAGACUUCCAUUAUGAGCUUCUUCUCUUUUUUGGAGCUGUGAUAAAGAUAGGUCUUAAGGACUGAGAAUUUAUUUCUCUUUUGCUUUGUCUAAAGGAAAGUGGACUCCUAAUCCUCUGUAUUCAUUUUACUUAAUCAGAUAUGCAUGUAAUUUAGGUUGUUUCACUUAGUUGUUAUUGUCACAGGCACUGUACUUGGCAGUUCCUUAGUAUUCUUCUGUCUAUUAACUUACAUGCUGGUUUGGGACCUGAGUUGAAACCUAUUUGACAUGCUUAAUAAUGUUGUUGAAAACUAAUUUUUCUGAGAGAAUUGUGUCUGAACCGUUAACGGGAUUCAACCAUUGACAGGUACCAUCACUGCUUGCAGGGACUUCAUCAAACAGUGAAUGAAAGGCGAGUUGAGGGUGAAGAUACCAUAUUGAAGUUGCCCAAAAGAAAGAAAAAAAAAAACACCGCAUUUCUCUCACAAAUCGCAAUCAAGAAUUCAAGAUUCUUUUUAUAAAGCAUCUCUUCCUCUUUACUAAACAUUCAUCUUUUGCAAACUUUACAUGCACUGUUGGAUGUAGCUUUAUCUUUAGAUGUCAUUCAUAAUCUAUUUCGACUUUUCUCAGAUAUUAUAGAAGUCAAUUGAUAUUUGAUACCA